GAAGAUGACACGCAGCGGGGAAUCCUCUCACUGGAGACAAUGAAUGGGGAGGAGGGCUGAUCGGUUAGACGGAGUGUAUAAAAGGCGAGCGAAGGGAAGCCGUUAGUGUGAGAAUCAACAGAUCUACUUAUCAACAGAUAGCUGGAGAGCUAUAAUACCUUGACGCAUAUCUAAAAAAAGGGAAUUCCAGAUCAUUUACGUUUCUUUUGGACGAGCACCUUUACGGACUUAACUAUCGGAUCCGUUUCUGUUCACACUUGUGUUUGCAUACCACCUUUUUUAAUAACCAGCUUGGACUGACAGCCAUUGGGAAGCAAUCGUUUUACGGGAAAAUGCUAAACAACAUGGAUUUAAACUCUCAAGAUUCUUUCUACUCUCAGUUUGAAAACUGUAACAGUUCUGCUAUCGGCAUGGAAACUCACGGCUCGAAAGACAGCCAGGAUGCCUUCGUGGACUCUGGAAGGACAGCACCUACCCAGUUUGCACACGGUGCACCUAUUACCCCCAAAACAGAGCCCACCAGUACAGACCAGUACAACUCUUGUCACGGUCCUAAACAAAGCUACGCAACCUCCUUGGCUUACUCAGGCAGUUUCUACGUGGAAACAUCUCAAGGAACGCCGUGCAGCACGGAAACAUUGCUCAACAUGAUCACCGAAAUCGUAGGCAUCUCAACAACCCCCGUGUCGGACGCCCGUCAGUGCGCGGACGGUACGAUGAUUGGCACUCCUUCCACUGUGCCCACUGGCAGUAGCAGUUUUGGCGACGAGGCGGUCCAGAGACAGGCCUCCACGUGCUCGAUCGGCAGCGCCACCCCGCCGCUGUAUUCCCCGGGACAGGCAGGCCACAGCUACCCAGACUCCCAGACCACCACGCAGGCCCAGGACUCUGCUGCAUCGCACCUGAACUUUUGCUCUUCCGCGCAGGCUUCGACCCAUGACGCGGAGCCGCUGUCAGAAAGCGCCACGUUCCCUGUGGUGAUAAAAAAUGAAUUCGAGAGCAGCUGUUAUGAGUGGGGAACUUUUAAUAAGUCGGAUAACUACCUGGAUGCUGGCUUUCAGUCAGAGGCAUUCGCAAUGUCCAAUAGUUUUUCAACCGAUCAACAGGUGGACGUGAAAGAGCUUUUGGACUCCUACUCUCCCAUGUGCCCAAACCCAGAGAUUGAAUUCAAAGUGGAAGGCACCCUAAAACAAGAGCAGUGCUUUGGAGAUACUUGCACACAAGGUUUUAACACCACCAUGUUUAACUACUCCGCUCCAGUGAUGGAUAUCCAAUCCAACAGUCUUUUGAAACCCACCGUAUUUCCAAAUAUUGACCUCCAGUCUAGCUGUGACACAACUUACUCGACCUCAACGAUAGACUCAGUCUUGUAUUCAUCUUUAUUACCAGAGUCCUUUAGUCAAACUUACACACGGGCUCAGAAACCUAAUAGAGCGAGAAAGAGCCCUGCCUCAUCCACCGGGCCCGCGAAGGAGAAACCCUUCUCGUGUCCCAUGGAGACCUGCGACCGUCGAUUCUCUCGAUCGGAUGAGCUCAACAGGCACAUCCGCAUCCACACGGGACACAAACCUUUUCAGUGCCGCAUCUGUUUGCGAAGCUUCAGCAGAAGCGACCAUCUGACCACGCACACGCGCACUCACACGGGUGAAAAACCUUUUUCUUGUGAUGUCUGCGGCAAACGCUUUGCCAGGAGCGACGAGAGAAAACGGCACGGCCGCGUGCACCUCAAACAGAAAGAAAAGAUGGAGUUGAAGCCACAAGUUGUUAAUUCAUGGCCGUUUACUUUGCCCGAAGCCAUUUGAACGAGAAUUGCGAUGGGCGUCACGGCCUCUUGCUGUGCGUAAUGUUAAAUCUUACCGUCUUGGAAGAUUCAAGAUUUCUAUUGUUUAAGGUACAGAUUACGACUCCAAAGCUCAACAUAAACGUUGUGGCAAUUGUUGCAAGCGACCCGUACGAGCGUAAAGGUCCACUGAGGUGACAGGUUGCCUAAAAAGGGGGACAAAAAUCAUAAAACGGGACCUCCCACAAUGAACCUUGCUGCAUGUGCAGCAAGUGCGUAAUGUUGUGGAUUUGUAUCGUUUUCCUCGGCCAUUAUCUUUCCCUAUCGGGGAGCGUGUGUUGCAGAACACAUGAACUGAAGUUCAGCACUUUGACCAUGGAACAGCUCCAACCUCGACCUUGCAUUGUAACGCGGUGGUAAAACGCACAGCUGGAAUGUAUUGCACUUAUCUCCACUUUCGAACUUCAAGUGUUUUAUUUCGUGCUUUUUUGGUCUUUUAUAUUCUAACGCCGUCACCUGUAAGACUUCUUUAAAAUGCAUGUAUAUGUUUGAGUGAUAUUAAUAAUCUCUGAUGGAUGCCUUGCUGCAGAUGUCAGAUUUACCUCGUUUUACAACAUGGUGGCAUUAUUGGUUAGUGUGCCAAGGUUUUUACAACGUUUUUCCCCUUUUAUAAAUGUUUCAUUUUGUUGCUAUGCUAUCGAAUGGUAAUUGUGUUGUACAGUUAAAGGUUUCAGUUCUGCUAUUGUCAAAUCUACAUAGCCAAUGGGAAGAAAUAAAUACAUUUAUAUUCCAAUGAUCAUUUGUAUUUUUCUAACAACUGCUACUUUUUACAUUUAAUUUUAGUCAGAGAAAUGAUUUAUAUCUCUAUUUAAAACGUCUCCUGUGUGAAGACACAGGCCACACCAAAAGAUGUCUUGAACUUACAUAAUCAGCAUCUAUUUGAAUGUAUUAUUCAGGUUUUAAUACCCCUGUCUGCCCAAGGUAUCUGCUAUAGGACAUUUCUUUACCAGAUCAUACUUGUGUAUUACUGUUCGAAAUUAUGACCCUAAUUAUGAUUCAUGAAUCAAUUAUCCAGUUCACAUGACUCCUAUAUUUUGUGAUGUAAUGAGGAAAAAAGUAGAAUAGCACUGGAUUUGACAUUGCUGUUAUGUGAUUAGAAAGCAUACACUGCUGCAGAUUUCAAUAGCUCUUUUACAUCUUUGAACAAUUUUGAUAUGCCUUUCAGACUAAAAGCUUUUGUUUUGUAAUAGCUGAAUUAAUCAAACGCAGUAAUAGGGGAAAUGUAGAAAAAAAUUGAACUUGCCUUAAGUUAUAGUAAUUACACU